AAAAAUCAAUUUAAAGAAAAUUAUAUUAAAUUAUUUUAUUAUCGAAUUUAGAAUAAUUCAACAGUAAUAUUUCAAAAAUCGAUUACUAGUCGACUACGGAGCAUACGUAAAAGUAAGUGGGUAAUAAUUUACGGGAUUUUUACGUCAUUCAAAAUUAAAACUUCAAGAAGUGACAAGAAAAAUUCGCAAUAUAAUUCAGUCUAAAUUUCAUAAAGUAGAGAAAAUUAAUUGGAAAAGUUAAUUAAUUUUGACCGAGGCACAAGGAAAUGCGCGUGCAACUUUCACCGCGAUUUUCGCGCAUCGAUUUGUCGCCAAUCAUUGCGCGCUGCCAUUAAGGUUGCGUGACAAAUCUGCGCAGUUCAAACAUCAUUUUGUUGGCCGGCCUGGUUGGAGCAAGAUUUUUUUAUUGUCAGAAGCCAUUUGCAAAACUUGCUCUUCACAUCCACUGCAAUAAUGCAGUAUAAUAACGUUUACCACAAUAAUACUAUGUUCAGAUCGAGGCCAGAUCACGGUGGCGACCAACAGCACCACUACAACAAGCAGUCGAAUUAUUGGUGCGGCCCUCCCCAGCACACGAUGGCCCCCGUGCAGGAUUUCGGCGGCCCCAAGCAACAGUACAAGCGGAAACCGUUGAAGUCGCAGGAGAACCACCUCGAUUUGGUGGUGCCCACGUGGCAGAGCCAGGAGCUUCAGCCGUUCAGGAAGAACUUCUACGAGCCACAUCACUCGACGUUGGCGAGAUCGCCGACCGACAUUGAAAAUUACAGGUCUCGAAUGGAUAUAAUCGUCAAAGGCGACAACGUUCCGCAUCCGAAUUUCUGCUUCGAGGAAGGCAGCUUUCCCGAGUACAUUAUGCAGAUCCUUAUCAAGCAGGGAUUCAACGAGCCCACUGCUAUUCAAUCGCAAGGUUGGCCCGUGGUACUUUCGGGCAGGGACUUGGUGGGCAUCGCUCAAACCGGCUCGGGAAAAACUCUAGCCUACAUGAUUCCAGCAGCUGUGCAUAUCAACCACCAACAAAGGCCGCAACGAGGGGAAGGCCCGAUCGCUUUAAUUCUUGCUCCAACUAGGGAGUUGGCCCAACAAAUACAAAAAGUAGCCCACGAUUUCGGUACGACCACCAUGAUUCGUAACACUUGCAUUUUCGGAGGAUCGCCUAAGGGACCACAAGCUAGGGAUCUGGAACGAGGCGUCGAAAUCGUAAUCGCUACACCCGGUAGAUUGAUCGACUUUUUGGAAAAAGGGACGACGAACUUGGGCAAAUGCACGUACUUGGUUUUAGACGAGGCCGAUAGAAUGUUAGAUAUGGGUUUCGAACCGCAAAUUAGGAAAAUCAUCCAACAAAUUAGGCCCGACAGGCAGGUGUUGAUGUGGUCGGCUACUUGGCCCAAGCAAGUCCAGGCACUAGCCGAGGAAUUUUUGGAGAACUAUGUACAAAUAAACGUGGGAGGCCUGUCGUUAUCGGCAAACCAUAACAUAAAGCAGAUAGUGGAAGUCUGCGAAGAAUCCGAAAAAGAAGAUAAACUUAUAAGAAUUCUGAAGGAAGUCUGUUCAGAUAGAACGAACAAAGUGAUCAUCUUCGUGGAAACCAAAAAGAAAGUCGACGAUAUUACUAAAGUGGUCAAGAGAGAAGGUUUCGCCGCCAUUUCCAUACACGGCGAUAAAUCCCAACCGGAACGCGACUACGUUUUGAACGAAUUUCGAUCGGGAAAAUCGUACAUUUUAGUGGCCACGGACGUCGCCGCUCGAGGAUUGGACGUCGAAGACGUCAAAUACGUGAUCAAUUACGAUUAUCCCAACUCCAGCGAGGAUUACGUUCACCGGAUCGGUCGGACCGGUCGUUGUCAACAAGCCGGUACCGCCUACGCUUUCUUCACGCCCAACAACCAAAGGCAGGCGAAGGGAUUGAUCGCCGUGCUCGAAGAGGCCGGCCAAGAAGUCAACGCCGAGCUCAUGGAGCUGGCCCAGCAAGCCAAGAACGGUUCGAACGGCAAAAACCGUUGGCAAAGCCGCAACAAAGACAAUUCGUCUCCCAGCAAUAGCAGCCAACAUUCCGGAGGCAAGGUGAAAACGUGGUCGAACCCGAAAGUAUACACCAACGGCGGCGAUUACAAAUCGAAUAACAUGUACAAGAACAACGGCGGAAUGAGAAACGACGGUAUGUCUAGGAACCAGAGAGGCAAUUACGGCAACAACUACUCCCAGUACCAAAACGGGCAAGUGUACCAACAACAACAAUCGUACAACCCGAAUAACAUGUAUCAACAACAAAUGAAUAACAACGGGCAAAGAAAUAAUUACGGUAACAAUUCCCGCACGUACGCCAAUCAGCGUUACAACGAUCGCCAAUCCUAUCAAGCUCCUCAAACGGGCGUCUACCACGCCCUACCUCCGCAAUACAUGAUGCAAUCGGCGACCGCCAACGACGGCAUGCAGUCCAUCCUGAAUCAUAAAUUCUUCCAAAGCAGAGGUCUACCGGGAGCCACGAACCCCUGCGCCUAUCAGUCCGUCGGCCAGGGCCAGCCGACUACUGCUUACAAUCAGUACCAAACCGCCGUACCGUAUCCCUAUCAAUACACACAACCACCUACUGCUGCGGUGCAACAAUAAGUAGUUUGUGUGUAUUCGUAUGUGUUUGUUUAAUUUUUCGCUUACGUUUUUUUUUAUAUUAAGAUUUAUUGCUAGCACGUCGGAAGUCUCUCUUUACUUUUUUUUCGUACACGUAAAUUUAAUUAUUUUUUGCCAGAACAAUCUACAAAUCGUUUCGAUAAUAUGCGGUAUGUACGAGUCAUAAAUUUUCGAGAUAAUAUUUUUUUGUUAUUAGAAUCGGUUAUCGAAUAAUUGUGUAAUUUGGAAUGAUGUAAAUUUCGCGAAAUUUCGUUUGUACUCGUUCGAAUUAGUUACGCCGACGUGAUGGUAUAUUCUCCAUUCAAUGUUCUAGUUCUAUUGUUCCCUCGAAAACCUUAAAAGAGGCUAUCCGUCUAGCUGUUUGUUUACUGCUACGGUAACAUUGCGCCUUCUCCCCGCUGAUGUUGGCCGUUCAGCAGUUGAUGUCAUACAUUUAAGUCGGAAUUUCGCCAAUUCCAAUAUAACUAUAACUUAUUUUUUUCCGAAAAAUACAAAAACUGUUCGCGAUCGAUUACAGUAUUGACAGAAACUAAGAAAUUAUUUUAGUGAUAGUCCGCAUUUAUCUCGUACUCAUUUAUAUGCGAAUAUUCUCUUGGAGUUGGCGGAAUUCAUAAUUUAUAGCGUAUACUCUGUGUGAGUUGUUAGUUUCUAGUAAACAAUAUAUGUCUGUAUGCUGUUGAAAUGCACGAAACAUAUAGAAGGGGAGUUUUGGGCUUAUUUCGUUAAGAGUAUUUUAUACAUAUUGAUACUGUUUUGAAGAGUAUCGUACCUAUCUAGUUAUUAAUAUUAAAAAAAUAGUUGAAAAGCAGUCAAAACUUUAUAUUUCUGCGUGUAAUAGAAAUGUGAUAUUAUUCCUAAGGGAAGUACAUUUUUGAUUGACAUGAGAAAUUAGCAGGAGCUAAUUUAAUUAUCCGGGAAUGAUAGAAUCAAAACUAAGAAAACGAUUAUAAUUUUAGUUGAACAACAACAGGGUAUAAGGUGUUGUACAGAGUGUUUCUUUUAUAGAUCGAUGGCAAUCGAAUGAAUUCGGAUUGAAUAGAUCUGUAAAAUAUUUUUCACUGUGAUCACAUAAAAAAAUGAAGUUGAAGACUAAAGCCUACAUUUCGGAUUUUAUUGUCCCAGAAUGUUUAUAGAAAUAUUUUUUAAUUUAUUCAGAAAAUUUUUGAAUUCGUUAAAUAAAAAUGUAAAAGUUACUAAAAUGGCAAUAGCUUUGAAGUAUGGAUGUUUGACUGUGUUGAUCAGCCAGAGUGAGAGUUCUUAAGAAUUUUUAAGGAGUACGCGUUGGGUGCUAGUGACUUUUUCUACUCGUAAUCGAAUUUUUUUUUUUGGUUUCUUUUAUAUAUUACGGAUCUUGACAUGACUGCUUGUGUCGUGUAAAUAUUUGUAGUAUUAAGUAUUUAACUCGUUCGUCGUUUUAUCGUGGUGCUAAAAAAAAGCGCUCACGUCCAUCUGUGAUAUUUUAGCGUGUAACGGUAGCAAAAGAAUAAUAUUAACUUUUCCGAAUCGGGAGAAGCGCCCCCCUGUUUAAAAUGUAUUUUUGCAUACAUUGAAAGAAUUGUGAUAUUUUCUCUUAAGACUGAAAUAAUAUAUUUUUUUUAAACUGGCCGUUCCAGCCUCUUGAAAAGAAAAAUCAUUAAUACCAAUUUUAGUCACGGUUUAUUUUGUUUUUUGUAAAAAUAAAAAAGAUAUAAAAGCGAUUCUCUAAGAAAUCGGACAGAGUGCAAAAUUUAGAAAUUGCUGUAGAUUUUUUUUGUGAAUUAUGUUUUUAUUUUUGUUCAACCAAACGAACUGUACGGUUAAUAUGCAACAGUAUAUUUUAUAAGUAUUUUUAGUAAGAAAUAUUUGAAUGCAUUUACAAAUGUGUUUAGCUAAAAAACACUUAAAAAAAAGAAGUACUGCACAAAGUUAUUAAAUUAUUCUAUAGCGUUAUCAAGUUCGCGCCAUUGCAUAGUAACGAUCGACGAUUUUAUAUAAUUGAAAUAUUUUUAAUUUAUAAUCAGAAAUUUUAUAUUCUGGAAUGUAAAAAUCUCGAAAAUAAUACCUCUUAGUUAUAGGUCUCCUGACCAGAACUGCUUUCAAAUCUAAUGUGAUUUUAAAAAUACGCGAGUUUUGGUCCAUAUUAGAGCAUAUAGUAUUAUAAUGAACCAUUCAAAAAGGUAAAAUAUCUUAGUUACAUGGCCCUCGCAUGUUGAAAAAAACUCUCUAAGAAUAUAAUAUAAUUUAUUUAUACUCUUCUGUAAGUUUCUAGCAAGUGCAUUUCUUGAACGUAAUACAGUAUUAAUAUUCUAGUUGUAAUUUUAAAAUGUUUCUUUUUCUCAUUUAGUUAUCUUUAAAUUGAAUGUAACAAAUUUCAUGGAUAUAAUAAAGGUUUGCCCGUUAUGUAAUCCAAGGAAAUUAUUGUCGAAUUAAUUCACCUUUUCUUAAAUUGAAGUUCUGUAAUUGAAACCGAUUUUUUUAUAUUUUUGGUAAAAUUGGAUAAUUAUACACAGUAUAAAAUUAAAAUAUGUAAAAAACAACUUAUAAACUAACUUUAUUUUCAGCAUUUAGUUUUACAUCAUUUCUAUCCUUCUCAUCUUCAUCUAAUGAACUAACUUUUGUUUCAGCUAUCGGUUUUGCAUCGUUUUUAUCCUUCUCGUCGGUUUCCAAAAAUUUAUCCCAAUUGUCGAGUCUCUGAGUUAACUCCGAGUCCGUUUCGGCUAUUUUGAACUUGGUUUUACCGUCCCAUAUCUCAGCUGUAAGUUGCCUCUUCAUGAACCACCUCCCGUUCAGCACGGUGACCACUUGUUCGGCUUCCUCGGGACAACUCAUGUUUAUCUGAGCUACCCCUUCCGGAUGGCGAUCGUAAAUUUGCACUUUCUUGACUUCUCCCAACUUGGAGCACUCCUCCCUCAAGUCCUGCUGGAACUCCAAGAUGAGUCCCACGUCUGUAUCGAAUAUCUGCGGUUCGAAGAGAUUUUUAAUUAUGACUACUCUUUCGUGCUUGGCUCGUUCCCCGACGGGUUUUUCCGGCCUCCAAUCGAACAGCUUCUCUUGUUGCUUUUUGAUUUUGAGCUUGUCCUUUUUCUUCUUCAUUUUCGGUUUGAGAUUGGGAUCGAAGUCGCCUUUCAUCUGGAAUUUCGCUUUCUCCACGCCGAUUUUGCGCCCUUUGUAAUUGAAGCCGUCUAAUAUAUUCAAAGCCAACUCGACCGAUUCUACUUUUAUGUAAGUGCAUAAAGCGUCGCCCUUUAGGUAAUCCGUGCCUGGUUCUUUGUAGAGUUUGAUUUUAAAUUUCCCCGACUGCGCGUCUCUCAUCACCAAACCGCAUUUCUGCAUUAAAUCUAUGAAUUCCUCUUCUUCGAUAUCCGUUGGUAGAUUCGAUACGUAAACGUUGGUGUUUUGCGUUUCGUCCACUUCGAACCAAGUAGGCGCCGAUGCUUUCCUCUUCUCUCCUUUGUUCUUCUUUGCUUUUUCUUGAAGUUUAGGGGGCGGGUCGUUGUUUUUGACUUCAACAUUCGUGU